CAGCAAUAUCUUGCUCGACGUUCUAUGUUCUAGGAGAAACAUCGGGAAAACUCAAAAUGCUUUAUUGUUUUAUGUAAACAUUUAGUAAAUGUAGUAAAGAUUAAUUGUUGCGCGAUCAAUGUGAAUAAGCGUGUCCGUUUUGCUGCUGUGUGAUAUUUUUGUGACAAAAUGGAUUUUCUAAGUCUUCCAGUCGUUGUGAUUGAAAAUAUACUAACGUAUCUUUCUUACGAUGAAGUUGCUAGAAACAGGCUGGUAUCAAAAGCGUUCAACGAUAUAUGCAUGCGAAUGUUGAACCGCGGCUUCCUCAUGAUCGAGAGGAGGCAUGCCUUGGCGUUGAAGAGCGUGAAGGCGCAACUGCCGCGUCGGGAGUCUGAGCGCAGAUAUCACCCAUUGGCAAGACACUGUGAUAUUUUGACAUCAAUUGAAACGAGGAUUUCAAUGCUCAACAUGACAUACUCGAAAUUUAUUGACAGUGGUAUCUGCUGCUUCAUACCAGGAAAGGUGAUAGACGAAAUCCGACGCGUGUUAAGCAUAGUGGAGACAUCGAAAACGCCACCCCGUGCUCACGAAGUGUUGCAAGAGUUAAGAGAUAUAUCUAGUAUGGCAAUCGAACAUUUUGACGAUAAAAUAUCGCCAGCGUUCCGUAAGAGAUUGCAGGAAGGUGUUGCCAUGCCACCGCCGAGACCGUCGCAAGGUGUUUUAGCGCCAAUAGCCAUGCGACAAGAGAUAUUGCAUCUUCGCCGACGGUCCAUAUUAAACGCUAAGCUAUCGUUAUACUUGGCGUCACAAUAUAAAAAGUUUUAUAAACGGAUGGUCGAAUACAAACGUAUCGCGUGGCGACAGAGGAAAACUAUACGCAAUAUGAAUAAACGGCAAAGGGACCAGGAUUCCGCUAUUGCGGAUUUAAAGAAGCGUAUCGAAGAAUGUGAUAUAAAGUAUAGCGAAUUGACGCACACCAACCAAGCCGUUGGCGGGAAAGUUAUAGCUGCAGCAGCGGCCACAGAAGGUACGUCAUCAGCGCAACCAUUGCGACAUUUCGGGAGUCAAAUCAAAUUGGAUCUAUCCGUUUUGCCGAUCGGCACGUCCAAACGGACAUCGAAUAAAUUGUUGCCAAAUAUCAAGCCGCGGAAACCGCUCAUAAAACUGCCAAGCUUGUCUGAAGAUGUUAGCGAUAAGACGGAAUCGAACCCACUGCCAUCUACAUCGAACCAGAGUCCGAGACAGAAAACACAAUGCACCAUGGCGAAAAUACGCGGAAUAACGAACGAAAUAAGACACUUGAGCAAUCUGUCAAAAAGUUUCGAAGGAAAAUUGAAACGCCCGCCAAAUUCGAAUUUGGAAGAGACGGAAAGCAAAAAACAAAAGCUGGAUUAAUUGUCUGUGGUUGCUUGUCUAUGCUCGAUAUAGUGUUCAAGUUUUUGGUUGUCUAUGGUCGUUUGACGUUUGUUUUAUCUGUGCUAGCGUUUCCUAGGCCGGUGAAAAAAAAAACAAAAUUAAUAAAAAACGUGUCCACUUUCAUUUGUAUAGAAUAUAUAUUUAAAAAUAUAUACAAUUAAUCAACCCAGUACUUUGUAAGAUGUUUAUUAGGUAGAGUUUUAAUCUUUCAUUGAAAGUAUUUAGUUUAUUUUAUGUAUAUAUUUGCUCAAACUUGCAUGACAUGCGAUUUAAUAUGACCCGUAAAGGAAGGAAAUUAAAAAUAAGAAUUUUAAUUGGUAAAGAGAAAAAAACUAAAACCUUCUUUUGUUCUCUAUUUAUUAAAAAAAAGUAUUAGAAGGUCGUCGAUUUUGAUUGUAUUAAAUAAA